GCACCCGUGAGGGAACUGAAAGCAAUUCUUGCAGCCAAUGACGAACAAGAACCACGCCGGUGUACCAAUAGCGUAGCGUUUUCGCCAGUAAAUAUAACCUCGACGGUAUUAAAAUUUUCAUUUAUACUAAAAUUCGAAAUCACUGUUACGAGUGCUACGACCGGCGAACGCGUAGAAGGAACUCAUCGAAACCCAGUCCGUAGCGAGAUUAAUAAAUUUACGAGAAAAACAGUCGGUAUGCUGCGACUGUUGAGGACAUUGGAAUUGCCGCGGCCGCGGCGGUGCUUUUCCACUGCAACCAUCCCGGCACCGGAAACAAAUCCAUCGAUUCUAUAUACCGGGAUUUUCAUCGACAACGAAUGGCACCGUUCCAAAUCAGGGAAAACGUUUCCCACUCUGAACCCUGCCACCGGAGAAACGAUUGCCGACGUACAGGAAGGUGAUUCCGCGGACAUCGAUAUAGCCGUGGAAGCGGCCAACAAAGCGUUUAGAUUGGGUUCGACAUGGAGAACCAUGAAUGCUUCUUAUCGCGGUGUAUUGUUGAAUAGAUUGGCCGAUUUAAUGGAACGCGAUCGUACUUAUCUCGCGUCGUUGGAAACGUUGGACAAUGGUAAACCUUAUUCCGUGGCGUACGGGUUCGAUGUACCAGCAAGCAUAGCGUCCCUGAGAUAUUACGCUGGAUGGGCAGAUAAAAAUCAUGGUCAAGUAAUUCCGAUGGACGGACAAUACUUGGCUUACACACGCCACGAACCAGUUGGCGUUUGUGGACAAAUUAUCCCGUGGAAUUUCCCCCUUUUAAUGGCGGCCUGGAAAUUGGGACCUGCUUUAGCUACGGGAAACGUUAUCGUUCUAAAGCCCGCAGAACAGACACCGUUAACGGCUUUAUACAUGGCUCAAUUAACUAAGGAAGCUGGAUUUCCUAGCGGAGUAGUUAAUGUUGUUCCUGGUUUCGGUAAAGCUGGAGCAGCCCUAGUCGCUCACGAUAAGGUUGACAAAAUUGCUUUUACCGGUUCAACCCAAGUUGGACAACUAAUAAAACAGGGCGCGGCUACGAGCAACUUGAAAAGGACCACGCUUGAACUGGGUGGAAAAUCGCCCAACAUAAUUUUCAAGGAUUCCGAUCUCGAUCACGCUGUCGAAACAGCUCAUUUCGGUUUAUUUUUCAACAUGGGUCAAUGCUGCUGCGCUGGAUCCAGAACUUUCGUCGAGGACAGUAUUUACGAUGAAUUUGUCGAGAAAAGUGCCGCACGCGCCAAGUCUCGAGUUGUCGGUGAUCCGUUUGAUUCGAACGUCGAGCAAGGUCCACAGAUCGAUCAGGAACAAUCGGAUAAGAUUCUGUGUAUGAUCAAGUCGGGCAAAGAACAGGGAGCCCAGCUAGUUGCAGGUGGUACGCGCGUCGGUGACAAGGGCUACUUUAUCGCACCUACUGUGUUCGCCAACGUUAAGGACGAUAUGACCAUUGCCAAAGAAGAGAUCUUUGGACCGGUUCAACAAAUUCUCAAGUUCAGCAGCUUAAACGAAGUAAUAAACCGAGCAAACGCCACCGAUUAUGGAUUGGCAGCAGCAGUUUUCACAAAGGACAUUGACAAGGCGAAUUACAUUGUUCAAGGACUCCGAGCAGGCACCGUUUGGGUUAAUACGUACAACGCACUGGCGCCACAAGUACCAUUCGGCGGUUAUAAAAUGUCAGGACACGGAAGGGAACAGGGCAAAUAUGGCCUCGAGGCGUACACGGAAGUGAAGAGUGUAAUAGUUAAAGUUAACCAAAAAAAUAGUUGAGGUAAUCUUCUCCAACUCGCGCAUUUUACCCGGCAUUGUACAAUUACUAUUUCUUAUUUUUUAUUUUUCAUUUUUCAUAUUUUUUUAAACAUUUUUUAACAGUAUAAACCAUAAUUGAAAUAAACAUUUCUAUAAUUUA